GAGAAAUGCCAUACAAAUGUGAUUAUUGCAAAAGAAAAUUUAGACACUUGAGCCGUUUGACAACACAUUUAAGGGUACAUACAGGAGAAAAACCAUAUAAAUGUGAUCAAUGUGAAAAGAAAUUCAAAGACAGUACCACUUUGAAAUCACAUGUAAGGACACAUACAGGGGAAAGACCUUAUGAAUGUGAACAUUGUGGAAAGAAGUUUAGUAGAAGUGACACUUUGAAAACACAUUUAAGGAUACAUACAGAAGAAAGACCAUAUGAAUGUGAAUAUUGUGGAAAGAAAUUUUAUCAAAAUAGCAAUUUGAAAACUCAUUUAAGGAUACAUACAGGAGAAAAACCUUUUGAAUGUGAUUAUUGUGGAAAGAAAUUUUAUCAAAGUAGCAAUUUGAAUACUCACUUGAAGAUACACAAACGAAAACAAUCUUUAUGAGUGUGAAAAGAAACUAAACACAACAUCAAUUUGAAAACUCAUUUGAGGAUUCAGAAGAGAAAUCACUUGAAUGAGAACAUUUUGAAACAUUAGUGAUUUGAGGCUACAAAUAGGAAAAAUGUGAUCAUUGUGAAAGGAGAUUCCAUGCAAGUGUGGUAAUUGUGAAACAAAGUUUUAAUCAAAUUUGAACUUUGAAAAACAUGUGUAUGUUAAUAACAUACAGCACAGACACCGUGUGUAAGUGAACAUUGUGGAAAGAAGUUCAAUCUGUAUAACACUUUAAAAAACAUUUAAGGAUACAUAUCAGAAGAAAGACAAUUAUAAAUUCGACAUUUUUGGAAAAAAUUUUAGAAACAGUUUAGCACUUUUCUGUACAUUUGAGAGUGUGCACACAGGAGGGAAGCCAUACAGAAUGUUAAGAAUUGUGUAGGUAAAAUGAUCAUCUGAAAAGAUAUUUAAUGAUACCGUAUUUUUAACAAUGUGGAAGAAUUUGAAAAGAAUUUAUGUAAUUGAAAGCACACUUGUUUAAUACAUUAUACAGUAUAACUUACAUAAAUUGGGAAAAAAAAUGAAUCUAAUUAAUUUUAGUGCAGUAGUACUGUACCUAGCAAUUUUAAAUGACAGCUAAGAAAAUAUAAGGGAUGAUUUUGCAUUGGUAAGAAGAAUUUAAAGACGUAUAAUUUGAUGUUUUCCUAUCCUUGAUAAAAUAUUUUGAGAAUUUUAUUAAAUUCAUCAUAGUAUUGUGGUGUACUUAAGUGCAAAGUAAACUUGGUUUCCAUUCCAAACUGGGUAGUUAAAACAGGUAUCAGGUACAGUACUUGUUUUAGUAAAGUUUAGUGUAAUUGUAUCCACAACUGAAGAAGAAAAAAAUAACUGAUAGUAGUUGUUUUGGUGCUUGAUGUUGGUCAUUUACAGUACAGUAUUUAUUUAUUUAAUUCACUCAAUAAAACUGAGUUAUCAUCAA